AUGGGGACCUACAUGCGAGGCAGGAAAACCUCCCCACACCACCCCCAUCUCACCCCUCACAAAGCAGAGCUACCUGAGCUCCCCGCGAUCCACUCUCCUCCUCCGGCACCGGGGCUUCUUGCCACCAGCCCACGGGCUAGGUGUAAAGGAAAGGAAGUGGGUGCUUCCGUUGUGCAAAACAGGCUCCUGCCCCGUGCACGGCAGGUGCAGCAGCAGGGAGCAGGGAGCUCCACCCGCCGCAGCGAGGCCUGUGCCGCCAGCGCCGCGGCCGCUCCUCCCGCGGCGCUCCAAGCCGGCCCUGUCAUUGCUCCAAUGCUCCUCUUCGGCUUUUCUGCAGAGCCCUGGACUUGGCUGCUUGUUUGUCCGGAAGGCUCUGAGUUAGAAAUAGAAGCUUCACGUCCAGGCCCUUUUGGUUUUGAGGCAGGGAUUUUCCACAGCUCGGCCCCUGGACCUCGAGCCAGCCACCGCUCAGCUGGUGGUGGCACGAAGGAGAACCUCUACUACCAGGAUCCCCUGGCCACUCCACAACAGUGGCUCGGGAUGAGGACAGUGUUCAAGGAGCUCUGCCUCGACGUGAUGGGAGAUGCCAGCAAAGCGGAGCCACUGUUUGCCUUAAAUAUGGCCAUGGGUUUCGACCAGCUAAAUCCAGUAUCGACUGCAAAACUCUGGAGUGACGGCAAUCCCCAUGGAGGCAGCUUCCCAAUGGAAGGGGCCAUUGGGAAACACAUUGGUCUGCUGGCAGCACCCAUGGCAUGGCGAUGGCACUGUGCUACUGGCUCUGGAAUCGAGCUGUUUGUGAACAGACUUGACUCGGUGGAAUCUGUCCUUCCUUACGAGUAUACUGCGUUUGAUUUUUGUCAAGCAGAAGGAAAGAAGCGUCCAUCAGAAAACCUUGGUCAAGUCUUGUUUGGGGAGAGGAUAGAACCAUCUCCUUAUAGGUUCACAUUUAACAAGGAGGAAACAUGCAAACCUGUUUGUACAAAAACGUAUGAUACCAAGAAGCCAGAAGAUAAACAGAAAUUAGACUUUUUGAAAAAAAGUAUGCUAUUGAAUUAUCAACAUCAUUGGAUAGUGGACAACAUGCCCGUGACGUGGUGCUAUGAUGUUGAAGAUGGCCAGAGGUUCUGCAAUCCUGGUUUUCCUAUUGGCUGUUACAUUACUGAAGAUGGCCGUCCGAAAGAUGCCUGUGUUAUUAAUUCAGAAUUUCAUGAAAAGGAUACAUUUUAUAUCUUCAACCAUGUUGACAUAAAAAUAUAUUACCACAUUGUGGAAAAUGGAGCUGUGGGAGCAAGACUAGUUGCUGCUAAACUUGAGCCAAAAAGUUACAAGCAUACUCAUCCAGAGAACCCUGACUGCUCAGGAGUACCUAUGGAUAUAAGUAAUAAGGCUAAUGGAGAAGUCAAAAUUGCUUACACGUACUCAGUUACUUUUCAUGAAGAGAAAAAAAUAAGAUGGGCAUCAAGAUGGGAUUAUAUUUUGGAAUCCAUGCCUCACACUCAUAUUCAGUGGUUUAGUAUCAUGAAUUCCCUGGUGAUUGUUCUUUUUCUGUCUGGAAUGGUAGCUAUGAUUAUGUUGAGGACACUGCAUAAAGACAUUGCAAGAUACAACCAGAUGGAUUCCACGGAAGAUGCUCAGGAGGAAUUUGGCUGGAAGCUGGUUCAUGGGGAUAUUUUCCGGCCCCCAAGAAAAGGAAUGCUGCUGUCUGUUUUCCUGGGCUCUGGCACGCAGAUCCUCAUAAUGACCUUUGUUACCCUCUUUUUUGCUUGCCUGGGAUUUUUGUCACCUGCUAACCGGGGAGCUCUGAUGACCUGCGCUGUAGUCCUGUGGGUGCUGCUUGGCACUCCAGCGGGCUAUGUUGCUGCCAGAUUCUACAAAUCAUUUGGAGGCGAGAAAUGGAAAACAAAUGUCCUGCUGACAUCAUUCCUUUGUCCUGGAAUUGUAUUUGCAGAUUUUUUUAUCAUGAACCUCAUUCUGUGGGGAGAGGGCUCUUCAGCGGCUAUUCCGUUUGGUACUCUGGUUGCUAUUUUGGCGCUCUGGUUUUGCAUAUCUGUACCACUGACCUUUAUCGGUGCCUAUUUUGGUUUUAAGAAAAAUGCUAUCGAGCACCCCGUUCGCACAAAUCAAAUCCCCCGGCAGAUUCCUGAGCAAUCAUUCUAUACAAAGCCCUUACCUGGCAUUGUCAUGGGAGGUAUUCUGCCUUUUGGGUGCAUCUUCAUACAGCUCUUCUUCAUACUUAAUAGUAUUUGGUCUCACCAGAUGUAUUACAUGUUUGGCUUCCUGUUUCUGGUGUUCAUUAUUUUGGUUAUUACAUGUUCUGAAGCCACAAUAUUGCUCUGCUACUUCCAUCUAUGUGCAGAGGACUAUCACUGGCAGUGGCGUUCAUUUCUCACUAGUGGUUUCACUGCAGUUUAUUUCUUAAUAUAUGCAAUACAUUAUUUUUUUUCUAAACUGCAAAUCACAGGAACAGCUAGUACCAUUUUGUACUUCGGUUAUACCAUGAUUAUGGUUUUGAUUUUCUUCCUUUUCACAGGGACAAUUGGAUUCUUUGCAUGCUUUUGGUUUGUAACCAAAAUUUACAGUGUGGUAAAAGUUGACUGAAGAAACCAGUGUAAAGAAUUAUCACAGAGGAGGUUUGAUCUUCAUUAACAUAACUUAAAAGACCUGGUCUAGCUGAUGAACCUGGACUUUAUCAGAAGUAUUGGCUUCCUGUUCUUUGAGAAUGAUACUGAAUAUGCAGCUGCCCCAAACACUUUUUCCACUAACACGUUUGUAUUGUGAUUUAACCUGUUUUCAUUCAGAUCUUAAUGAAGAUCAGAGUUAGGAUAUUUAUGCAUUUGUAAAUACAAUUAUACUUUAAAAGAAAUGUUAAAUUCUAACAGCAGAAAAGAAGUGGCUGUAUUAAACAACUUAAUGAUACUUCUGAUUAAAGUACAACUGUAAAUAGGAUUUUCUAGCUUGGUAGGUGGGAUGAACUAUUUUUCUUUGAGGGAAAUGAGACUUUUUAUUAUGCUGACUUUGAAGGAUGACUCUUUAAGAUGUGUUGCUUUUAGUUUGGAUGUGAUUUUUAUUUUUUACUGGUAUUAUGUCCAUAAAUAUUCAGAUUUCUGUGAUUUCAUUAGUUUCGGUGUUCUUGGCCUUUUAAACUAUGUGCCUCUGAGUCCUUGAAUUUAUAAAUUCAUAAUCUAAUAAAUAUUGUAAAAAUGUC